UACACCUUCGCUCACAGUUAACCCAAGCGAAAAAAAGCUGUGCUUUUACAUACGGGAACCACAUAUACCUCCUGAGAAGCGCAACUAAAGCCCUUGAAGAAUGCUGGCUACCAAGCGCAACGCGGUCAGCGUGCGCGCUUCCAGUGCGUCCGCUGUGGCUGUGAGCCGGUGCUCUGUGCGCUCGCUGGCAGUGUCAUCGCGCGUCGCUAUGUCCUCCUGGGACGACUCACGGCAGACCGCUUCGGCACUUUCCCAGUCCUUUCCAAGGCUCCAACAAGCUGCAAACGCUCCUCGCCGCAAAGUUGCAACGAUGAUGGGCAACAAAGCGACGACGGGCCCCUUUGCUCCUCUGGUGGUUGUGGUCCGCGGCGCGAUUGGCGACAAGCCGUUUAACCAGCUGCGCGGCAAGGCAAUCUCCCUGCAUUCACAAGUGAUCAAGGAUUUCUGCAAGCUUUUGGGCGUUGACAACAAGCAAGUACAGGGAGUUAUUCGUCUUGCAAAGAAGAAUGGAGAAAAGCUUGGAUUCCUUGCAUAAUGUCCUUGCGCUUUGCGGACGUCGACGGAGAGGACUGACCGGGUCGGCGUCCGGCGCGCGGCCUGAACGAAAGUAGUUCUGCAUUUUUACCCCAUCGAUAGUUGUGCAUAGCCCUUGACUAGACAGCAACUGUGGAAGAGGAAUGGAGAGUUGGGAGCGCCGAGCGAAGUUGCUAAUUAAUGAGAGAUGCGCUGAGGGCGAGUGAAGUGCUAAUCUUUGCACUUGCUUUGGUCCAAUGCCCGGUUGGCUCUGCUAAGGAAGCCAUUUGAGGGUUUUACCACAGAAACUUGAUGGACUUCGUGAGUACUAAGUGUUUGUUGGCAGGUUGUGAUGACCCUUUAACCAUGGUGUUUCAAUUUAUUUGGUUGACCGAUUGUUACCGAGUGUGGCUGUAUGCUUAGGAUGGGAAUGCAGGAACUGAUUAUGCAAAGUUCGGAGUAGGGUGGCUAAGGUUCCUUUGUGGAGUUGUCAUAUGGGUUAAAGAUGAUUGUUUAGUACAGAUCGGAAUUGUGACUACGAACACGUGCCAUUGCAUGGUGCGUUAAGAACAGGAACAGACAGAUAAAGCACGUGAAACAUGAGGGUGGUGUACGGCAUGGUGUAGGGCAUG